AUGUUCAAUUUAAUCAAACUAAUAUCUUUAUUUUAUUUAUUAUUUAUAUCAUCUGUUUUAUCAAUCGACAUUCAAAUACAAAGUAAUGAUUCAGUUUGUGCUGCUGCAAAAGUUGUUGCAGAUGGGAUUUGGAAUUAUUAUGAAGGUUUCAGACCUGGAGGAGUAAUUGGAAUGUUUGCUCAACCAAAUUAUUGGUGGAAUGCAGGUGAAACAUUUGGUGGAUUAGUUGAUUAUUUUACAUAUUGUGAUCCUCAUAAUGAAACAUUACAAAAAUGGAUUCAUGAUGGUAUGUAUCAUCAAGCUGGAGAAAAUUACAAUUAUAUUCCAUCUAAUCAGUCAAUGACUGAAGGUAAUGAUGAUCAAGGUGUUUGGGGUAUGGCAAUUAUGCAAGCAGUUGAAAGAAAUUUUACUAAUCCAGAUUCUCAUUCUUGGUUAGAAAUGGCUCAAGCUAUAUUUAAUACAAUGAAUGCAAGAUGGGAUAAUCAACAUUGUGGUGGUGGAUUAAGAUGGCAAAUUUUCACUUGGAAUUCUGGUUAUAAUUAUAAAAAUUCUAUUUCAAACGGUUGUUUAUUUCAUAUUGCUGCAAGAUUAGCAGCAUAUACUGGUAAUAAAACUGUUUAUGUUGAUGCAGCAGAAAGAGUUUGGAAAUGGAUGGAUGAUGUAAAAUUUUUAACUGAAGAAGAUAAUGGUAAUUUUAGAGUUUAUGAUGGUGCAAAUGUUGAUGAUAAUUGUACUAAAGUUACUGAUUUAAGAUGGUCAUAUACUUAUGGUGUAUUUAUGAGUGGUUGCGCUUAUUUAUAUAAUGUUACUGGUGAUGAAAUUUGGAAAACUCGUGCAGAUGAAAUUGUUGAGGCUUCAACUUCAUAUUUUUUCACUCAAGAUAAAGUCAUGCAAGAAACUACUUGUCAACCUUCUAAUUUAUGUAAUAAUGAUCAAAGAUCUUUCCGUUCAUUAUUUGCAAGAUGCUUGGGUUUAACUAAAUUAAUUAUACCUGAUUUUGCUGAUCAAAUUGACCCAUAUUUAGAAAAAAGUGCUGAAGCUGCUGCACAAUCAUGUUCUGGUGGUAGUGAUGGUGUAACCUGUGGUGAAAAUUGGUCUCAUUCUGGUUGGGAUGGUGUUUAUGGAUUAGGAGAACAAUCCUCAGCGUUAGAAACAAUCAUGUCAUUAAUUGUAAAAAGACCUUUGAGUAUUGCUACAGGAGGACAAAAUAGAAGUAAUUAUGCUGCUGGAUUAGAUUCUCAAGAUUCUCAAAAUAAAAAUAAAAUUAAAGUUACUUCGAAAGAUAGAGGAGGCGCUAUUGCUCUUACUGUUAUUGUACUUGCUGUAAUACUUGGAGGAUCAGUUUGGAUGUUUCUUUAG